UUACUCUCUAAUAUACGAUAUGAUUAAAAUAGGUUAGAGAGAAAAAAAAGAGAGAACACGUGUGAAAGAGAAAAAUAUUUUGUAUCACUAUAUAAAUAUAAAAAAACAUAAAUAAAAAAAAGCAAUAUUCCAAAAUGUAUCUCAUGUAUUAUUUGAAUGAAAAAGGAGAUCGAGUAUAUACUUUAAAGAAAGUGGAUCCUAAUGGAAGACCUACAUUAUCAGCACAUCCAGCUCGAUUUUCUGUGGAAGAUAAAUAUUCAAGAGAAAGGAUUACAAUGAAAAGAAGAUUUGGCUUACUUUUAACACAAAAGCCACUACCUAGCUAUUAACAUUAUACAGAUAAAAAAUCAUGUUAGAUUGAUUUAAGUUAGAUUAGGUUAAAUUUUAUUGGAAAAUGUAGAUGUAUAUGCAAAUGAAAUGUAUAAUUGAAAGACUCAUACAUAUAUACUUAUAUAGUAUAUACAAUGUAAUCUUGUGCAAACACAUAAUCUAUAUCUCUGUCAUGAGAGGUAGUUCAACUUUUACACCUACAACUUCCUUUAGUGAUAAUUGACAGAAAAGAUGUAUAUACUAGAACUAGAUUAUGCUUAUACAUUCAAUAAAAUACCUAAUCAUAAUACAUAUAUAAUGAUUAGAGAAUUUAUAAAUGUAACUUAAAUUUUAAAUAAAUAAAUUUAUUAAUUUGUAUAAAA